AGCAGCUGAAGCUGCGGCGGAGGGGGAGGCUCAGGCAUAGGGGUGGGAGCAGAAGCGCGAGCAGACGGUCUGGUGGGUAAUCGAGAGGCGGCGGAAUGGUGGACUACCACGCGGCGAACCAGGCGUACCAAUACGGCCCAAGUAGCGGCGGCAGUGGCGCUGGCGGCGGUGGGAGCAUGGGCGAUUACAUGGCUCAGGAGGACGACUGGGACCGGGAUCUGCUAUUGGAUCCGGCCUGGGAGAAGCAGCAACGCAAGACCUUCACAGCCUGGUGCAACUCCCACCUGCGGAAAGCUGGAACUCAAAUUGAGAACAUUGAUGAGGAUUUCCGAGAUGGGCUCAAGCUCAUGCUCCUCCUAGAGGUCAUUUCAGGAGAGCGGUUACCUAAGCCAGAGCGGGGCAAGAUGAGAGUUCACAAGAUCAACAAUGUGAACAAAGCACUGGACUUCAUUGCCAGCAAAGGAGUCAAGCUGGUCUCCAUUGGUGCAGAAGAGAUUGUGGACGGCAAUGCAAAGAUGACCCUAGGAAUGAUCUGGACCAUUAUUCUUAGGUUUGCCAUUCAGGACAUCUCUGUGGAAGAGACUUCAGCCAAGGAAGGGCUGCUUCUCUGGUGCCAGAGAAAGACGGCCCCAUAUAAGAAUGUUAAUGUACAGAACUUCCACAUCAGCUGGAAAGAUGGUCUGGCCUUCAAUGCUCUGAUCCACCGACACAGACCUGAGCUAAUUGAGUAUGACAAACUAAGAAAGGAUGACCCAGUUACCAACCUGAACAAUGCCUUUGAAGUGGCUGAGAAAUACCUUGACAUCCCCAAGAUGUUGGAUGCAGAAGACAUCGUGAACACGGCCCGUCCCGACGAGAAGGCCAUAAUGACAUAUGUGUCCAGCUUCUACCAUGCCUUUUCGGGAGCGCAGAAGGCUGAGACUGCUGCCAAUCGGAUCUGCAAGGUGCUUGCUGUUAAUCAAGAGAAUGAGCACCUGAUGGAAGAUUAUGAGCGGCUGGCCAGUGACCUUCUGGAGUGGAUCCGGCGUACUAUCCCCUGGCUUGAGGACCGUGUGCCCCAGAAGACUAUCCAGGAGAUGCAGCAGAAGCUGGAAGAUUUCCGUGACUACCGCCGUGUGCACAAACCGCCCAAGGUGCAAGAGAAAUGUCAGCUGGAGAUCAACUUCAACACACUUCAGACCAAGCUGCGCCUUAGCAACCGGCCUGCCUUCAUGCCCUCUGAGGGCAGGAUGGUCUCAGACAUCAACAAUGGCUGGCAGCAUCUUGAGCAGGCCGAGAAGGGUUAUGAGGAAUGGCUACUGAAUGAGAUCCGUAGGCUAGAGCGACUCGACCACCUAGCAGAGAAGUUCCGGCAGAAGGCCUCCAUCCAUGAGGCCUGGACUGAUGGGAAGGAAGCCAUGCUGAAACACCGGGACUAUGAGACAGCCACACUGUCAGACAUCAAAGCUCUGAUCCGCAAACACGAGGCCUUUGAGAGUGACCUGGCUGCGCACCAGGACCGUGUGGAACAAAUAGCAGCAAUUGCCCAGGAACUUAAUGAGCUGGACUACUAUGACUCCCACAAUGUUAACACACGAUGCCAGAAGAUCUGCGACCAGUGGGAUGCCCUGGGCUCUCUGACCCACAGUCGAAGGGAAGCUCUGGAGAAAACAGAGAAGCAGCUAGAGACCAUUGACCAGCUGCACUUGGAGUAUGCCAAGCGGGCUGCACCCUUCAACAACUGGAUGGAAAGUGCCAUGGAGGACCUCCAGGACAUGUUCAUUGUCCACACCAUUGAGGAGAUUGAGGGCCUGAUCUCAGCUCAUGACCAGUUCAAGUCAACCCUCCCAGAUGCUGACAGGGAACGUGAAGCCAUCCUGGCCAUCCACAAGGAGGCCCAGAGGAUUGCUGAAAGCAACCACAUCAAGCUGUCAGGCAGCAACCCCUACACCACAGUUACUCCUCAGAUCAUCAACUCCAAGUGGGAAAAGGUGCAGCAGCUGGUGCCAAAACGGGACCAUGCUCUCCUGGAGGAACAGAGCAAGCAGCAGUCCAAUGAGCACCUGCGCCGCCAAUUUGCCAGCCAGGCCAACAUGGUUGGGCCCUGGAUCCAGACAAAGAUGGAGGAGAUAGGGCGUAUCUCCAUUGAGAUGAAUGGAACCCUGGAGGACCAGCUGAGCCAUCUGAAGCAGUAUGAGUGUAGCAUUGUAGACUAUAAACCCAAUCAAGACCUGCUUGAGCAGCAGCAUCAGCUCAUCCAGGAGGCUCUCAUCUUUGACAACAAGCACACCAACUACACCAUGGAGCAUAUCCGUGUGGGCUGGGAGCAGCUGCUUACCACCAUUGCCCGUACCAUCAAUGAGGUAGAGAACCAGAUCCUCACCCGAGAUGCCAAGGGCAUAAGCCAGGAGCAGAUGCAAGAGUUUCGGGCAUCCUUCAACCACUUCGACAAGGAUCAUGGCGGGGCGCUGGGGCCUGAGGAGUUCAAAGCCUGCCUCAUCAGCCUGGGCUACGACGUGGAGAACGACAGACAGAAGCAGACAGGCAGCAUGGACUCCGAUGACUUCAGGGCUCUGCUUAUCUCCACAGGAUACAGCCUGGGUGAUGCUGAAUUUAACCGUAUCAUGAGUGUGGUUGACCCCAAUCACAGUGGCCUUGUGACCUUCCAAGCCUUCAUUGACUUCAUGUCAAGGGAGACCACAGACACAGACACAGCCGACCAGGUCAUUGCCUCCUUCAAGGUCCUGGCAGGGGACAAGAACUUCAUCACAGCUGAGGAGUUGCGGAGAGAACUGCCCCCUGACCAAGCUGAAUACUGCAUUGCCCGCAUGGCACCCUACCAGGGCCCUGAUGCCAUGCCUGGUGCCCUUGACUACAAGUCCUUCUCUACAGCUCUGUACGGCGAGAGUGACCUGUGAGGCCCUCCAGCCACCCUGACAAGAUCCACUUGGCCUCCUGGAGGGGCCAGGGAGUCCUGCCCCAUCCCAACUCUGUAUCUAUGCAAAGUGAUGUCUGGGGUCCUUCUAGGGAAAGGGAGGGGCUCAGGCCUCACCCCAUCUGGUAGGGGAGGGAGGUGUGGGGAUCAGCAGCUCUGAUCUGUUAAAUAUACAUGAUUUUUUUUUAACCUAUAUGGAGGGAACAGUGGGUCCUUAGGUUCUCUCUUUGCCCUGGGGAUGCGCCUCCAAACCCUGGUCCCUUCCUUUGCUCCUGAGGUCCCUUUUCAAGGCCUCUCACAUCCAGGCCAAAGCCCCAUGUGCCUUGUCCAGGUAACACCCUGCCCUGUAGAGGCUCCAACAGAGAAUACCAGCUACCCCUGGACCAGACCCCACCAGCUUGCUCUUCCCUCCCUCCAUUUGUGAAUGCCAGGAGUCUGGGACUCUGCCAUCAUCCUUUUUAGCCCAAGAGAAGUGGGUGGAAUAGCCCAGCCCCAGUCCACUCUGGCCUUGCUUUGUCUGGACACAGGGUCUCAUUUUCUAAGGACCAAAACCAACAGUGGGCUAGGAAGAUGGCUCAGUGGUUAAAAGUGCUUGCUUGCAAAGCCUGCUGGCCUGGGUUCAAUUCCCCAAAACCCACGUAAAGCCAGGAACAAAAAAUUGUGCAUAUGUCGAGAGUUCACAGAGCCGAGAGGCCCUGAAGCAUGUGCACCCAAAAAUAAAUAAAUAAAUAAAUAAAAGUAAAAAACCCUAUAGAAAUUUUAAAACUUCCAGAGAAUUACUAUUUACUUUAUUAACUUACGGAUUUAUUAUAUAAAUAUAUAUCCACCUAGCAGCAUAUCUCUGCCACCUUUCUUGCUCUCGUAAUGAAGACAUAGCUGAUUAGCUGCCCUCAAUCCCUCCUGAUUUUCCCCUUGUUUGUGGUGGGCAGGGGUCUAUGGGAACUUCCUGAGGUGGAGGUGGGCUGCUGGCCUGUCUGCCUGCCUAGUAUUUGAUGGUUUUCACCCCCCCCCCAAAAAAAAAUUUUUUUUGAAUUUAUUCUGAUUUUUUUUUUUUUUGUCUUGGUUUCUGGAUAAACCAUCCUUUGGGGACGGAAGAAUAAAACAUAAUAUUUUUAAGAUA